AGAUGGCGUGUGUAUGUGCGUGUGCCUGCCUUCUGAGCGUGUGAGACGAGCUGGGAUCAUGAGCCAGGGUUUUUCCAAGUGGUUUUAAUCAGCAGCCCAUUAGAGGAGAACGGAAAACUUCUAACAGGAUAAGAACCAAGUUGUUCCCGUACCCCCAUGGGAGGGUACUUCCCAAGCCUCUGCUCCUCUGGAACCCGUGACUUCUUGCCAGGCACCAAGAAAGCGCUCAGCAGCAGAAAUGGGGAAAACUCUCACUAGGUUUGGGUGAAGUGUGCCUUUGACUUUUGCUACCCUGGCAAGACGUGGCUACUGGGACUGCAUCUGCAAUGUGGCAAAGGGUGAAGUGAGGACGGCAAAAAGGCCAUGGUUUGUGGGCAAGUCCCCAGGUGCCGCAGGCUUUGUCGCCCUCGUCCUUUCCUUCUGGCCUUAGUGGUGGCCAUCUGUCUGUUCUGCCAGACCCUGACUCCUCUCAUGACCAGCAGCAUCCUUUCAGCGGUUGUUAAUGGGAUUGCACCCAACAAACUGACUAAAACACAGCAAGGAAGAUACAAGGAGGUCUCCCCAAGCAACACUCACUGCUUCCUCCCUGGCAGUAAUUCACAGACAGUGAAAAAGAUUGACGACUCCAUUCUCCAGUACUUUGGAAGCCGUACAAGAAGAGCAGUUCUGUACGCACCUCCUGCCCACCGUGAAAGCGACCGUCAGCUCUGUCAGCGCAUCCUGGCAAAACAUGGAUAUACAGUCACAGUCCUUGAAAACAGGAGACUGAUGGAAGAUCCCAGGCUUGAGGGCCCUUAUCACAGUCGUAUAAGCCCUUGGGAUCUUUUGAUCUGCUUAUCUGCCAGAAAAAAUGAUGGUACUGGCUGCAUUCAAAUAGAAGACUUGCAUCGUCUAGAAUUAUUCCAGAAGGUAAACCUAAUUCCAGAAAUUCAGCAUUUCCUUUGCAGAAAAGAGGGAUUAUGCCAGAUAACAAAAGCCUUUUCAGACCUGCAGCUCCCAGUCGUCACCCCAGAGUGCUCCGGCCAGCCUGGACUGUCAAGGGCCAGCGCCGCAAGCAACAUGUCCCAGGGCGGCAAAAGCACUGACAAGACACGUACUGCCCAUCUGCGGUACUGGUGGAAGCAGAGCACGAGCGCACAGCUGAAUCAGGUAUUAGCUUCACCAGACCACAAGGACAUCCUUAAAGCUCAAGACUUUUCUGUCAUCAUCAAAGCAUAUGUGCUUGUGACGUCCUUAACACCUCUGCGGGCAUUCAUUCAUUCAACUGCCACUGUCUGGCAUCCACCCAAGAAGAAACACUUUUCCGUAAAGCUGCAAAGGUUUUUUGAGAUAUUCUUCAAAAGCAGUUCUCCCAAACAAGCCUUCAACAACAUGAAAGAAGCUAUAAGCAAACUUCUAAUUAUAACUGAAGUCUUCAGUGAAUCAUCUGCCUCAGGACAAAAUUCUUUCAAUCAAUGCAGACAAUGUUUUCAAAUGCUAACCUUUGACAUUGGAUUCGGCACCUCCAUAUACCCAGUAGUUCUUGAGGUGCAUGAAAACUUUGACUUUCAAGAUAAGGAUGAAUCAAAUAUUCAGGACCAAACUUUCAAAGAAUUUCUUUUUGAAGAUACUUUUAAAUUUCUCUUAUCUAAUGGAUCCUCAGCAUCCAGUUUCGUAGGAGCUUUACAAAAAAUACAUGGAUCAGCUGUGAGCAAGGAUGGAACUUACCACAAAGAAGAAGAGCAAUGUUUGUCUUUAGAAGAGAUAAAUUCAAUGAUUACUUUCAUAAAGGAGCUGAAGAAUCUUGGACAAUUUGAGCUGCUUUUCCCUUCUGCUGCACCCAAGAUUCAAACUUUACUGCGCGACCUUUAUCACAUGGUAGACCCAAUGAGGCGGCUUGGUUCAGUCCUGACUGUGCAUUGGUUGCUUUCCAGUUUACUUGAACAAUUCCAGUUCAUGACUAAAGAGGCACAUACAAAUUUUUCAGAAUGGAGAAGCAAGAAGAACUCUAGAAACUCAUCUCAAACUAUAAUGAAAUGGUUACAGCCUAGGAAUUCUUCUCAAGAAAAUGUGAGUCCUAAGCAGAAUGUUCUUUCUGACUUCAGGAAGAAUCAUGAAGCAUUGCAUUAUUCCAGUAAGACUAAAGAAAGACCAUGCAGUUAUGAUAAAGAUACCCUAUCUCAUAUCAGGCAGAUCUUCACCAGUCCACAGCUGGACUUGAAUCCUCAGUUUAACCCAAAGAUCAAAGAAUACUACGCAGAAGUCCCAUUUGAUAUGGUGACAGUGAAGAUAGGAGCAGAACCCUCUAACUGUCAAUGCCAAGUACACCUUGAUGAGAAGAAAGGGCCAAGCAUUGCUAACUACCCCCUUGGUCUUGGAUUGAACAAAGUCAUCGUUCUCGUAACGGAUGAUUCACAGCCCAGCCCUCAGAUUGUGAGCAGCUACAAAAUCACAAUUUAUCGAGAGGACCGCCCUAGUCUGCCUUUGUUUGAUGACUAUGUGAUGUGUGGGUUUGUACAGGACUGUGGUUCUCGAAUUCGUCCAGAGGAGUCCUGUGGCUUGCAGCCUCUGUCUCAUGAAUACCUCUCAGCAAUUUCACAGACGGUUUUUAAGACCUGUGAAGCUGGAGACACAAAAGGACAGUGGAUUGUCCCUUGCCUCAGCUGCUCUGACAACAGGACCUGCGACUGGAGAGAAAUAACGUGGCAGCCCCACGGCUGCCAAUACUCUGUGCUAGCCAAGCCCGAGCUCCAGCGCUGUGUGGAGGGCAGAAGAAUUCUUUUUAUAGGUGACUCAACUAACAGAGGGAUGAUGUACUAUCUAAUAGAAAGAGUGAAUAAGACUCUUCAGGAAUGGCAAAAGACUCAUGAUGUUAAAUGUUAUCAUAAUAUCAAUGAGGGGAAAACCUUUAUCAGUUACUCCUACUACCCCCAGUUUUGGAUGAACGCAAACCAGAAGCCAACUUUUGAAAAAGCACUAGAACAACUGCUGCAGAGAUCACGUCCCCUGGAGAAUACAGACCAGACCGUAUUAAUUGUAGGUGGUGUUCAGUGGCUUAAUUCCAAUCACCUGCAAAUUAUCCAAAAGGUGUUGAACAGGGAAAAUCUAUCAAAUAUCCUGGUAAUUAUCAAAUCCAUAGGGAUGGGCUUUCACCUCCCAGUGGAUGGAAUACAUUCUCUAUCACAGGCAGAAGUGCAAAACUUGUGGAAUGAAAACUUGGUUAUUCUGGAUACAGCAAAAAAAUUUGGCUAUGAAGUUGUUGACACCUUUGUCAUCACCAUGGGACGUUACAAAGAAUUCCUGCAAGGGAAGUGUGGCUGCCAUUUCCAUGAGGUGGUGAAAUCCAAUCCCUCUGAAGAAAGUCCGCACAUAACAAUGACGUUAUCAAGGCACUAUACACUGGGGAAAUAUUUUGGCAGUCAAAGCAAGCCAUCACAACUGCAGAACUAUGCAACAAAUUUUCAGUCCCCAUAUCAUGUCCGAGGUCCAAUAAAUCAAGUUUAUUCUGAAAUCCUUCUCAGCAGGCUCUGUGCAAGUAAGAGGGAGCUUGUCAGCACAUAGCCUCUCUUGGAUAUAACGCUGGGACUAGAGAUGUGCCACUACCUGAGUGACAACUGAAGGACCAUGGUGAAUUUAUUACAUGCUUCCUUGAUUGGCUGCACACACACCAACAGAUUUUGGGACAUGUGGCAUUUUUCGUAAAACUUUAUGAAACCAGGAUAUGCCCUGGCAACUCUGUGGUGUCAAAAUGGAAGAUGGAGGGUUGAAAAGGAGAGAAGAGGGGAAGUUACUUGAACUGUUGCCAAAGGCUAGAACAGCUGUAGCUCAAGCAACUGUGUAUUAAUGAUAGCAAAGAGACAGAAAUAUAUACACUUGAACAAUUUGGAAAGGACUGCUUUAGCUCUUCAGCACUAUCUAGUUUUCUAUUUAUAGAGACACUGUAAUAUUUGAAUGUAUUUAGAAACCGGCUACAUUCCAUUUUAAAGAGCUUUAUUUUAUGUGGAUGGGUUCCCCUUCAAUAUCAGACCUUUUCUAUUUAGACACUUGGUUUAUACAGUUUGAAAAUGUCUAUUAGCAUUUUACUGAUGACGCCAAGUUUUGAACUCUAAUGUUUUUAGUGAAAACACACCCCUUCUUCAUAUCUUAGAUGGAGCAGAUGUCUACUCUAUUUUUUGCAUGUUCUAAAGCUAAUAUAGAGGUAGAUUACUUAGACUUGAGACUGAUUAUAACUGUCUCAAUGUAACAUGUAAAUAUAAUGAAUAUGUUAACAUAACCUUAUUUAUGGUCCCAGUUUAGGAGAGCGGCCAUAUGCAGGAAGACUUCUUAGAUGUGUGCUUCAGUGUCUACCUUGGCCUGUAAGCCAAGCAGGUAUUCUCCCCACAUGGAAGUGCCAUUUCUUUUAUGAUUUUUUAUAAAAUACUUGCCAAUGUGUGAAGCCAGUACCACAAACAGAAGAAAAAUCCCCUUCGCAAGCACACAUAAGAACUUUGGGAUCUGGUAUUUAAUCUGUCAUGAGGAGUGUGUGAUGUGAUGUGCGGAAUAUACUGCCUGCAUCUCUUGCUUGGCGGGGACAAGACCUUCUCUGAAUGCCAGUUUCAUGCUGUAGCCCAGCUACAUCACCGAUGUUUGCAGACCUACUCUGGGUGAAACCCCAGGGAGAGGCUUUACGACCGCAGGGGGGACCUGUCUGCUGAUCCCCUGCCACAGCAUUGGCAGCACACUCAUUCACAGCUGUGGUGCCCUGAGAGGAAACCAAGCAUGGUCCAGGCUUAGCAGCUGGGUGAUGAGUUAAUGGCACCCUGUAAGACUGUUCUCCCUACAAAUUAUCCAGUUACAGAUUUUUAUGAAUCCAGUCAUGGAGCAGGCAACCAAGACACCACUCUCUCCUGCUAUGCACUAGAGAAGGGAGUCAGAACCGGGUAAGUACGAGUCUAACGAAGGAUCUGCCAAGCUCUGUUGCAUGUUUCCCCCUUCACAAUUUUACAUAUAAUCCUCCACUAGCUUCUACUGCCUUUGGGAAAGGAAGCCGCAAGCAAUGCCAGGGAAUAAAUUAUAGCACUGAACUAAUCACCAUCUUAUUGGCCUUAUUAGCACACAGAGGGGCUGCCCUAUAUAGAAUUAGGGCUAGAAAUUCAUGACACGACAUUUAGGAUUUGCCAAAUAUCCUUAAACUCAACACAGUCUGUAUCCCCAGCUAAAGUAUUGUGAAUUCUUGCUCCUUCAGAUAAGAUCUGUAGAGAUAUGAUGGGAAAUUGUCAUGCAAUACAGAGUUUGGCUUCCCUAGAUGAUAGGAGGAUCCUCAAAAAGAGUAUCUGGCAUAUCUAAUUCAGGAGACCUUCCACUAUAUUGACGAAGCUCCUAAUUUAGACAAUGAUAUUACAUUUAGUGAGGCAGUGUGAUUAUCUCUGUUUCUGUGUAAUAUGCUGCUGCUGUGCUUACAGUAAAUGGCCCUGAAUUUCUAUGUAAGGUUUUCCCUGGCGUGGAGCUUUACAUGAAAGACAGGUCAGGAGCUGUGCAUAAAUACUGAAAAUGUCAGCAUUUGGUUUUGAGCAAUAUGAUUAUCUAAGGAAUAUAAUUGUAUGCAAAUAAUAUAAUAUAUAAUCUUGGGUCUGGAGCUCCAGGCCUGCACAUCCUUAAAGCUGAAGGAUUUAAUAUCAUGCCAUUAAUAUUAGUAGAUGCAAAAUGCAGCCAGAUGUCUUUGGUAUUAAGAUGAUCAAUGAUAGGUGUAUUACAACUCUGCUUCUGUUAAGAUGUUUUUUGUAGCUCAUUUAAAUCCACAUGCUGUUACUGUUAUUGUUCUGUACACAAAAGUUUUUAAGGCAUGAACUGGGUUUUUAUGUUUGGGUUUUUUUUAAUCAAAGCCUAUUGCUGAAGCAUCAGCUAUAAUGAUGAAAAGGAAAGAGCUGACUUUGUUACACUGUAGCUGAUAUCAGCAAAUGUGCAAUUCAUCACUUCUGGUUUCACCACAAAAUGGUUUACAUGUGCUGUACACCCAGAUGUCUUAAUGUUUUCCAAAUCUUAAUAUUUUUCAAGUGUAUCAAGUGGAAAUUUUCCUGUGUGUUUUCUAUUUUUUACAUGUCUAUGUACAUAUAUAUGUCUGUACAAAGUCAUUGGUACAAUUUGCAAAUUGAUCUUUAUUUAAAAGAGUUCUUUGAAUAAGUUUUUUCCAACACUAUAUAUGAUCCAUGUAAUCUUAGGAACAAACAAAGGGAAUGCAGACUAAAACAGGUACCAAGGUACAUUUUUCAUUAUUUAGCUUUAAAAUAUACCUAGCAUCUCUAGGUAUGUGAAAGAAAAGAGUUGAGAUUGACAUGGAAGCAUCGCUUGCUCAUACACAUUAAAAUUUACGGAUUAAGACAAUAAAAGAAUUACCAUGUUUGAA